AUGGAUUCCAAAAUUGCCGUCUGCGCCAACAUGAAAUUUCAAGACCAGGAAAAUGAGAAUGCUCCGGUGGCAGAAAAUAUUCAUUUGUACAUGAGCGCCAUCCGUGGUUCCAAGUCGUACUGGAAGAAAUACACAGGAGAUAUCAUGGCAAUGGUGACAAGACUUGGUCCACCUACGUUCUUCCUUACAGUGUCUACUGAUGAUAUUGGUUCCGCUGAUAUUCUCACUGCAAUGUGGAGGGCAUCGCGUGACGAACCUGUUCCAGCCAAUAUUCAGAAUUUGCCGUAUGACGAACGUCGGGAGCUAUUAAACUCCAAUCCCGUGGCAGCCGCACGUCAUUUCAACCUUAGGACCCAGGAACUGAUAAAGUUACUGACCAAUGAUCCAACAAUAUUUGGAAAGCCGGUGGUCGACUAUACCUUCCGUGUUGAAUUUCAAGACCGCGGGAGUCCCCAUCUACACUCCCUCAUCUGGGUAGAAAAUCCACCAGAUUUUGCUACCACAGAAGGUAUCGAAUUCAUUGACGCCAAUGUUUCAUGCAGUCUCCAUGGUGAAACAGAAAUUGGGGACCUGGUUAGACGUUACCAAACGCACAAAAAUACACCUACAUGCUUCAAGAAAGGUAGCACAUGCCGCUUCGGCUUUCCUCGACCUGUAAUGGCUGAGACAAGUUUAACAUUGGACGAAGACAGCAGGACCCGAGGACGAGGCAUCAUCUUACGAAGAAAUGAAGAUGAGAUGUGGAUUAACAAUUAUCAUCCGAAACUCCUUUGGCUCCUCCGUUGUAAUAUGGAUAUACAGCCCGUUCUUGGGGUUGCAGCAGUAGCCCUGUAUAUCGCUAAAUAUAUUGGUAAGAAUGAACCGGAAACCUUCCGCGAAGAUAUUCGCCGCACAAUUCAAACCUUGAGGGAAGGUAAUCAUCCGAUUCGUUAUCAGAUGGAGAAAGUUUCCCGAAUUCUUUUGAAUCGGCGGACUUUAUCGUCUCAAGAGUGUGCUGCCAGAAUGUGUAAUAUCCCAAUGCGGUUUUCGUCGCGUAGCUUCGUCUUCGUUCCCACCUUCCGUCCUUGGGAUCGGAUAAGAAUGCUUCGAAAGGAUGCAUUUCUGAAUGGUGACGAAGUAAAAUUUGCUAGUAACAUAAUUGACAAAUAUUGUGAACGCCCGGAUGAUCUUGGCAAUAUCUGCCUCUUUGAAUUUGCUUCGAAAUAUCAACCAUGUCGAAGUUAUGUGCAACCAGAUGAGGAUUUGGUUGAAGGGUUUGAGGAGGAAAUUCUGCGAAGACAAAGAGGUUCUCGGGCUUUCUACCUAAGAGACAGAAGCAUGGGUAUGUGGAAAAAGAGAGAAACCUUUUCCAUAGUCAAAAGCCCAUCUUUCCAUAGCGACACUGAUGCAGCCAAUUUUAUCUACGCGCACAUUCUCCUAUACAUUCCAUUCAGAAAUGAGGAGGUAGAGCUGCUAAUUCCAGGCGAAUCUGUGCAGGAGACUUACGAACGACGGAAGAGCGAUAUGAGGACAAAUGAAGAUUUUCACCUCAUCCGUCCGGAGAUGGCGACAGCAUUGGAGGCUGCUAUAGACAAAAUUUCACAUGAUCGAGAUGCCCAACUUCAAAAUGACCUUGCUGAGGACGACCAUUUCCUUUACUUCCCCGAUGUUGAUAAUGCAAGCAACGUUUUGAUGGCACCAGGGGACGAAUAUCAAAUCCCUUUCAUGGACGAAGAAAGCUUCGAAACUGAAUUGGCCAAAAUGAACCCUGAUCAAAAGGAGAUCUACGAUCUCAUUCAGCAGUGUUUGGAUGAUCAAGGACGAGUCCAACUUAAGUUGUUCAUUACUGGUGCUGGGGGAACUGGAAAGUCGUUUUUGAUCUCUUUACUGACUAACCUCAUUCCGAUAAAGGAAGGCGGUCCUGGACUGGACGGCGUAGUGCUUGCUGCUCCAACAGGAGUUGCAGCUCUGAAUAUAAACGGUCAGACCCUCCAUCGUACAUUUCAUCUGGCCGUAGAGGCAGGGUCUGUCCCACACUACGCCAAACUAGGAGCUCAAAUGCUACAGCGUAUGCGCGAAAAAUUUAGGAACGUUGAGUGGAUCAUCCUUGAUGAAGUUUCGAUGAUUUCCUACGAGGUAUUCCGGCAGAUUGAUCAUCGCCUGUGCGAUUGUUUUGAUUCUGAGAUGCCGUUUGGAGGAAAGAACGUUAUCUGCGUUGGGGAUCUCUUCCAGUUGGAACCAGUGAAUGGACACUGCAUCUACGAAACGCCGCGUCUCUAUCUAGGAGAAGCCAACAUUUGGCAUGCUUUUGAGUUUCGGGAAUUAACGGUAAACAUGCGUCAAGUGAAUGAUCCCCUCCUUCGAAUAUGUAACCAUCUACGUGAAGCAAAUCUCACAAGCGAAGACCUUGAGAUCUUAAGAACCAGGGAGUUAAAGGAUGCCAACCCUCUGGAGCCAAAGAUGAAAGACAUGCAAGAGAAGUUUAAGAAUUCCAUCCGUAUCUAUGCAACCCGUGCCCAAGUAGCAAGCUACAAUCGCCUGCGGACUAGACAACUUCGCGAUGACAAAAGUAUAAAUGUCUACACCAUUCGGGCAAGGGACACCUUCAACUCUGGACCAAAUGUUGGAUGCCAAGCACCUCUAUCCCGUAGUUCUAGAGACAGCAAUAAAUGCGGAGGAUUUCCUGCUUCCAUCCAACUAGCUGCUGGAUCUAGAAUUAUGGUGAUCCGAAAUUCCACGACAACGCGAUACCUGGUCAAUGGGUCAAUGGGGACCGUUGUUGGGUUCACCUGGAAUAUGCUUGCAAGAGAACAACACCGUUCUGGUGACCUACCCGCCACCGUACAAGUAAAGUUUGACGACCCAAGGAUCUGCGGAAAUUCAGAUGGUAUCUUCGAUCUCCGACCUGAAGACGUCGUGUACAACAACGGACGCGGGGGUGAAGAAAUACGGCGUCGAAUGCUACCGAUAGUGCUUUGCUGGGCAGUCACGGUUCAUAAGGUACAGGGGAUAACAGUGGACACUGCCGUAAUAUAUCUUGGACCGGAGCUCUUUGCUCACGGACAAGCUUAUGUUGCCCUUAGUCGUGUCCGAACACUCGAUGGUGUAGCUAUUUUACAGCAAGACGAUACCAAGUUGUGCCAAGAACUAAAUCAAAAGCUGGUAGCGGAAAUGAGAAGGCUUAGGGAUAAACUUCUUUAAUAUUGUUUACUUUAAAUAUAUAAUCAAAACAACAAUUGCCAAAAUGUAUUUAGCUAAUCUGAAAUAAAUAGCUUGAGCGAAGUGAACAAUGAGGUAGAUAAAAAUUGGUAAAUAAUUUAGCGGUAAAACCGCAGGAAAA